CAUUGUUAUCCUCAACCCUACAGGCGCACGAUAGCAUAGCGCCCCUCUUUUCUCGUUCCUUCUCCGCGGCGCUUUAUCUCGCCAGCCUCACCAAAGGAAUUUCUCCUCAAUUCAAUUGCGAAACCCUAUCUCUAUGCCUCCAACACCACGACCUCCGAAAACGCAGCUCAAUAAAUAUUGACAUUUAAGCUCUGAUUUAUCCGUCGUCGAUUCCGUUUUCACCCGUUUUAGAGUGUUGGGGAUUCAAGUCUUAUGAGACCAGAAUCCAUAUGUUCUGUUUGUAUCUAGCAAUUCAUUAGAGCAAUGCGAGGGUAUGAAAAAGAUCAGGAGUAUGAAAAUUGGGAUGAGUAUGAGGAAGAUGGAGAGGAGCAAGAAGAGGAAGAAGGUGGUGAUGAUGAUUAUGAAGAAGUUCAUCAGCCCACCCAGGAAGAGUUGGAUUACCUUGCUAUCAGGCAAAAGUUAAAAGAGUCGAUCAGAAAGAAGAUGAAGAAGGAUGCAGGGACUGCGAACUCUGCCUCCCGCAACAAAGUGAAUGCAUCACGUAAAGACAACUAUGGUUCUUUCUUUGGGCCUUCACAGCCAAUUAUUGCUCAGAGGGUAAUCCAAGAAAGCAAGUCCUUGUUGGAGAAUCCAGAUCUGGCAGCAAGAAUGUGUAAAAGUAGCCAAAAGGAGAAGAAGACCUAUGUUUCGGCUCCUGUCAGUUCGAAGUCUCAAGCACCGCCAUAUGUUAAAAAUGGGUUGAAGAAAAAAGUUGAAAUACUGAAAAAUACGAGAGACUAUUCAUUUCUGUUAUUGGAUGAUGCUGAGGUUCCAGCCUCCUCAAAAGGUCUAUCCCCAAGAAAUGUGUCAGCCCCCAAGUCUGAUGCACGAUCUGCAGAAUUCAUGCAUAGGAGCAGCAGACUAGUGGUGAAUGGUCGUGUAAGAGAAGUUUCCAAUGGUCGUGAUGGCAGAAAGCCUAUGCUUCCAUGUAGCCAAAGUAAGGCUAAAGUUGGGAUGGAUAAUGUAGCUCAUACUAACAAGUCAUCUGCAGAAUCUAGGAAACAGUUUGGUAACAAUAGUGGAAGUGGUCCUGGCCGGCCUCUAGGGCACAAAGUUGUGCCUUCUAAGAGUUCAGUACCUGCUACAGCGAAGUCAGCACAACCUGUUGCAAAAAAUAUUAACUCUGGUGUACGUAAACCAACGUCUUCAUCUCUCCAACCCGUCGCACGAAGACCUAUUUCAUCAAAUUUGAAAUCUGGAAAUAACAGACCUACUUCAUCGCAUGGUCAGCCUUCAACUUUGAGAAGACCUGUACAAAAAGACUAUCAUGGGACUACCAAGCCUAAGGUUGUUAGUAAGCAGUUAUUGCCUUCCUCUAAGGUUCAGACGAAGAUUUCGCCUCAAAGACACCCGGCACGCGUUCCUUCGCGCGAUGAACGACCAAAGGCAAAACCCAAGAGGCAGCUCCAUGAUGAAGAUUCUGAGGGUGCGGAUGCCAUAAAUUUAAUAAGACAAAUGUUUGGUUAUAAUCCUAAUAGGUUUCGAGAUGAUGAUGACACUGAUGACAUGGAGGCCAAUUUUGAUGAUAUCAUUAGGGAGGAGAAACGAAGUUCAAGAAUUGCCAAACAAGAAGAUGAGGAACAACGCAUCCUGAUUGAAGAGGAAGAAAGAAGGGAAAGGAUGAGGCAGGCGAAGAAGCGCAAGAUGAGCCGUUAAAAGGAGCCGUAAAUAGAUAGAUGACAAGGGAAAUGGAGAGGAGUUUGUUAUGGUUGAUUUGCUGUUGCUUUGUAUCUACAUGAAUCGAUCAAACUCUGGGAACUUGCUAUAACAAUUGUAAUCAUUUUCUAUUUUGGAUUCAUUAUUUUCUUUUUGUUGAA